AUGGUAUCGCUCUUCACCGCUGUCGUAGCGCCCCUCGUCGCUCUCUCCGUCGAGACCCGUGUCGCUGCACGGUCGCGCGGCGCGGAAGGAAAGGUGUUCCGCGAAGGCGGAAACCACCCGCGGCGUGCUCCGGAGUGCGCGCAACGGCGGUGCUGCCUGGGGGGAAUGCGUUGCGCCAACUCGAGUCUGCCCCUCUUUCUACAGGGAUCGUGGCGCUUGCGUCCUCCCCGCUCCUCCCCCUCGCCCUCCCGCACCUACCUCUUUCCGCCCUCUCUCCCGGCAAAGCCUGCCCCUCCGCGGCCCUCCCCUCGCGCGCAUGUCCCCCGCAAGCCUGCGCCAGUGCAUCUCGAGCUUCCUCAUGCGCGUCCCCUUUCCCCACUUCCCCCCACCUCUCCCUCUCUCCCCCCUCUCAACCACACCUCCUCGCGCGCCUCCCGCCACGUCCAUGUUUCUCAUGCGCCCAUGCGCCCAGGCCGCCUGCGCCAGUGCAUUGCUCCGCGGGUGGCGUGCGGAUUCGCCUCCAGCAGCGACGAUGAGGGGGAGGGGGGCGACGCUGGGCACCCCAGGGGGCGCGGAAGGAGGGGGGGCGCGGGGGGGAAGGGGAAGGGGAGGCGCGGAGCACCCGGGGGGCAUGGUGGCGCGGGGGGGAGUUCCCGCCACCCGUCCCUGCGGAUUGGCCCGCCAAUGGACGUGCGCCAGGUGGCGUAUCCACACGAGCCUGCUACGUUGGACCCUCUAAAUGGCGGCCUGGGGGCCAUGGGCAUGGGCAUGGGGAUGGGGAUGGGAGGAGUGCAGGGACAGCUGGUGACGCUGGCGCUGCCGAUAGUCAGCUACAGCAGCAAGGUAGCGGUGGGCGUGUCUGGCACACCUCCCAACCCCCCCCCCCUCCCCUCCCCCUUCCAUCCCUCCUCUCUCCCCCUCUCCCUCCCCACCCUCUCCCUCCCCCCUCUCUCCCUCCCUCCUCUCUCCCUCCCCCCUCUCCCUCCCCCCCCCUCUCCCUCCCCCCUCUCUCCCUCCUCCCUCUCCCUCCCCCUCCUCUCCCUCCCCCCCCUCUCCCCCCCCCUCUCCCUCCCCCCCUUCUCCCUCCCCCUCCUCUCCCUCCCCCCACCUGGUGCAUGCAGCAAGAUAGCGGUGGGCGUGUUUGGGGAGGCACCGGAGGACCUGCCGUGUUCAUACGACGACUAUGGCAACCUCGUGCCCAACGUGCUGCUGCAGCUGCAGGCGCUGCUCAUCCACAAGGGGGGGCUUCAGAUGGAAGUGGAGGCGGGCAGGGAGGAGGCAGCCAAGGCUGCAGUAGAAGGGGCCGAUGCCUCGCACACCCACUCCCCUUUCCCCGCCCCUUACGGAGGGCAUAUUCAAGGUGGGGUGGGCAGGGAGGAGGCGUUGAAGGCAGUAGAAGAAGGAAUCUAUGAGCCCCCCUACACUCCUUGCUGCCCCCUGCAUCUAUUCUACCCUUCCCUUUGCAGCCUCCCUUACACUCUUUGCUGCCGCCUGCACUCGCCUCUCCUCCCCAUAUGCGCCCAUCAGACGGAGGGCAUAUUCAGGGUGGGAGUGGACGUCGGGAGGGAGGAGGCAGCCAAUGCAGCAGAGGAAGAAACCCAUGCCUCGCACACCCACUCUCUCUUUCCUAUGGAGGGCAUAUUCAGGGUGGGAGUGGAGGCGGGCAGGGAGGAGGCCGCCAAGGCAGCUGUGAAUGCGGGGCAGAUCCCGCCCUCCACUGACGUGCACUGCCUUGCAGCGCUUAUCAAGCCUGCCCGCCUGUCCGCCUGCCUGCCUGCCCACCUGCCUGCCUGCCCGCCUGCCUGCCUGCCCACCUGCCUGCUCGCCGGUGUUGGUCACAUCAACACAAGGCAGACUGCUGCCUCUGUGAUAAAUGGCGAGUUAGGGAGAGGUGCUGUGGCAGGGAGAGGUGCUGUGGCAGGGAGAGGUGCUGUGGCAGGGCGAGGUGCUGUGGCAGGGAGAGGUGCUGUGGCAGGGAGAGGUGCUGUGGCAGGGAGAGGUGCUGUGGCAGGGAGAGGUGCUGUGGCAGGGAGAGGUGCUGUGGCAGGGAGAGGUGCUGUGGCAGGGAGAGGUGCUGUGGCAGGGAGAGGUGCUGUGGCAGGGAGAGGUGCUGUGGCAGGGAGAGGUGCUGUGGCAGGGCGAAAUGCUGUGGCAGGGAGAGGUGCUGUGGCAGGGAGAGGUGCUGUGGCAGGGAGAGGUGCUGUGGCAGGGAGAGGUGCUGUGGCAGGGCGAGGUGCUGUGGCAGGGCGAGGUGCUGUGGCAGGGAGAGGUGCUGUGGCAGGGAGAGGUGCUGUGGCAGGGAGAGGUGCUGUGGCAGGGAGAGGUGCUGUGGCAGGGAGAGGUGCUGUGGCAGGGCGAGGUGCUGUGGCAGGGCGAGGUGCUGUGGCAGGGAGAGGUGCUGUGGCAGGGAGAGGUGCUGUGGCAGGGAGAGGUGCUGUGGCAGGGAGAGGUGCUGUGGCAGGGAGAGGUGCUGUGGCAGGGAGAGGUGCUGUGGCAGGGCGAGGUGCUGUGGCAGGGCGAGGUGCUGUGGCAGGGAGAGGUGCUGUGGCAGGGAGAGGUGCUGUGGCAGGGCGAGGUGCUGUGGCAGGGCGAGGUGCUGUGGCAGGGAGAGGUGCUGUGGCAGGGCGAGGUGCUGUGGCAGGGCGAGGUGCUGUGGCAGGGCGAGGUGCUGUGGCAGGGAGAGGUGCUGUGGCAGGGAGAGGUGCUGUGGCAGGGAGAGGUGCUGUGGCAGGGCGAGGUGCUGUGGCAGGGCGAGGUGCUGUGGCAGGGAGAGGUGCUGUGGCAGGGCGAGGUGCUGUGGCAGGGCGAGGUGCUGUGGCAGGGCGAGGUGCUGUGGCAGGGCGAGGUGCUGUGGCAGGGCAGGGCGAGCCUUUUCCGGGCGAGGCCUGGUUCCGGGAGCUCCCAGACAGCCUCUUGGACGCACUGCCGCUCUCCCUGCUCGCCUCGGCAGCGGACCCACACAGGGUGAGGUGCUGGCAGCAGAGGGCCAACUCUCUUCCUCUCCCUCUUCCUCUUCUCCUCCCUUCCCUCUCCCCCGUUCCCCUCCUCUCCCCUCCUCUCUCCUCUCCGUUCCUCCCCCCUUCCCCUCUCCCCUCCGCCCUCCUCUCCCCAGGCCUGGUUUCGGGAGCUCCCAGACGGCCUCUUGGACGCGCUGCCGCUCUCCCUGCUCGCCUCGGCAGCGGACCCGCACAGCGAGGAGGGCGGCGGCAUGGCGGACGUGCUGGGAGUGCUGCCGCCCGCCUGCAGCUGCCUGCUGGACUGGCUGCUCAACCUGCUCGUGGAUGUCGUGGAGUGCCAACACCGCAACCACAUGGGCGCCCGGGCUCUCGCGCUGGUGUUCGCGCCGAACCUCGUGCAGGUGGGCGACCCCUCCGCCAGUCCAAAGCGCGCCAUGCUGCUCAUGGGCUUCGUAUAGGCGCUCAUUGUAUGCACCCUACCUUCCACUCAACCCUCUCCUCCAUCCCCUCUCCGGCCCCUCCCCCCUCCUCCCCUCCCCCGCCCUCCCCCCCUCCUCUCCCUGCCCGGCUAUCCCUGCCCCAUCCCACGUCCCCCACCCCACCAGGUGUACGACCCCACCGCCUGUCUCCAGCAUGCCAUGCCUCUCAUGGACCUCCCAGAGGCGCUCAUCGCCCGCACCUUCUCACCACCAUCUCCCCCCCCUUCCCGUCCCCACCCCCUGCCCAUCCCCUGCCCGCUCCCCUCCCCACCUGCCCACCCCACCAGGUGGGCGACCCCGCAGUCAGUCUAAAGCGAGCCAUGCUCCUAAUGGACCUCCUAGAGGCCCUCAUCGCGCGCAAGCACCGCCACCGCCAGCUGUUCGCGCACCACUGGCCGGGCGGGGGCGGCCGCGGGGGCGCGUCAGUGCUGUCAGCAUCGGCGUCAGCGAUGGAUGAGUCGGAGGACUGGGAGGACACGGACCUGGACUCGUCGCUCAACUUCUCGCUGCUCUCAGGGGCGCAUGGGGGUGUGGGGGGGUUUGGAGGCGCAGCGGGAGUGGAGAGGCCGUUUGGGGCGGGUUCGAUUCGGAGUGGGGCCGGUGGUGGUGGUGGUGGUGGUGGUGGUGCGUCGUUUGGGUCGGCUUCGGUUGUCCAUAGCCCACGCACUGCGCUGAUGCUCAGAGCGCUGGCAGCGGCUGGGCUAGGCGUGGGGGGGAGGGCAGUGGGAGGCGGUGCGGGGGGAGGGAGAGUGAGGAAUCAGAGUGGGGAGUGGGAGAGUGAGAGUGUGGGAGUGCGGUCAGGAUAUUCGUCACCCUCCCCUGCAACGUGGAGGGGAGGGUUUUCUCUGAGGGCAGGGCGGUCGUGGGCUGUGGGCAGCGAUGGGGGGGAGGGGCUGGGGUCAAUAUCUGAGCUUUGCCCUUUAGAGGAUGGGGAGGAGGAUGGUGAGGGGGAUGGGAAGAGGGAUGGGGAGGGUGGUCGGAUGGAAGGAGGAUUGGAGAGUGAAGGUGUGGAGGGAAGAGAAUGGCUGGGUGGGACGAGAAAGAGUGGGGAUGGGAUGGGGAGGAAUGGGGGGAGAGGAGAUGGAGGGGUGGAGGGAGUGGAGGGACUGGCAGGGGCGGCAGGGGAGGGGCGUGGGGGGGAUGGUCGGGGGGAUGGGCAUAGAGGAGAGGCGGGGAGUCGUUUGGCAGAGUGGCUGAGGAAUAUUGAUGAGGCCGUGGGGGAGGGGGAAGGGGACGAAGCGUUGGGGGAGGGGGAAGGGAGUGAAGCGGAGGGAGAGGGGGGAGGGGAAGAACCGGAGGGGGAAGGGGAAGGGGACGAAGAGGAGGGGGAGGGGGAAGGGGAAGGAGAGGAGGGAGAGAGGGAAGGGGACGACGAAGCGGAGGGGGAAGGAGAAGGGGAAGUAACAGUUGAGGAAGAAGUAGAAGAAGCAAAAGCAGGGGAGGAGGACAAGGACUUGGAAACUGCAGGGACAGGCAUGGAUGAGUGUGUGGAGGAGGGAGAGGCAGAGGCAGCAGCAGAAGCAGCAGUGUCACCAACACUCGCUUGUGACUUGCCGCUUGCAACAGAAACUUUGUUGCCUCUGCCACAGGGGCCAGAUGCAUGCAGUGAUGCUGAUGGUGAUGAUGGUGGUGAUGGUGGUGAUGAUGGUGAUGGUGGUGAUGGUGGUGAUGGUGGUGAUGGUGGUGAUACUGACGAUGGCACUGCUUGUGGAGAUGAGAAUUUGGAUGGGGAUGAGGAUGUCAACGAGGGCAGUGGUUUCAGUGAUGACGUGAAUGGUGCAGACGCUGCUGCUGAUGGUGAUUUUAAUUCCAGAGCAGAGGUCGAUGCCAGUGCUGAUGCUGAUGGUGAUGGUGAUGGUUGCGAGCACGCGCAUGAUGGCAUUGACUGUGGAGUGGAUGGUGCCAGCAAUCACGUGCAGGGAGCACACAGCUCUGAACCUACUCAUGACCACACAGGCGGUGCUCACAGUGACAGCACUCAUCCUGCCUCUGCCCCCACCACAGCUGCUCGUGAGGCCUCGAUGCAAAAGCGCGUUUCGAUUUCCGACUCUUCUUCGGACGCUCCUCCCCAGCUCUCUUCUUCCCAACCUCCAUUUCCUCCCUCCACUCUUCCAUCUGCCACCCCGGCUGCCUCGCUCCUGCCUGCCACGGCUCUCUCUGCUCCACCCGCUGCUGCUGCAGGCGCCAAGCAAUGCGCUGCUGCACCUGCCUCUGCCUCCUCUCCCCUCCUUGCCAGCAUGCUCCUCGUGCUCGCUGCCAUGCACACCACCCCUCCCCUGCACCCCUCCCUACCGGCUUCAACACCUCUUGUCCCCACUCCCACCGCUUCUGUUGCUGCUGCUGCCGCAGACGCUGCAGCGCCAUCCCAAGGCCACACGGGCCCUCCUCUUGCGGCCGCUUUGCUCCACCCCCCCUCCGCGGCCCCCUCUCCCCCUCCGGCUGUACUGGAGCCAGGCCAGGUUCUUGUGCCCCCUGCCAGACGCAGCAGAGCACCCGCUGCUGCGAGCACUGCUGCCUCCGCUGCUGCUGGCGCUGCUUCUGACGCUGCAGCUGAUGCUGUUGGCAGCACAGGGCAAGAGGAGGGGAGUGGGCGGGGAAAGAGGGUCUUGAAAAAGUCGGGUGCAGGGCGAGGCAAGGGCACAGCAGCGGCAGGCAGGGCAGGAGAAAAGGGCGCUCUAAAGGGGUUGGGCGAGGUUAAGAAGGUGGGUGGAGAGGGAUUGACGAAGGCAAAGGGUAGAGAGAGAGGUGGUGGAGUCGUGGCAGGUGCCGGGACGAAGAAGAGGACGGGUGGUGCUGGCAAGGCAGUGGGGGCGGCGGAGGGGGAUGUUGGGAUAGUGGAGGAGCAAGGGGCGGAGGAUAGGGCCUGCCUGGUCGAAUCGCUGGUAGAUGAGGGGCUGAGACACGGUGAGCAAGAGGCAAUGGUUAAGGAUGGAGCAACAGCAGCAGCAGAUGCAGACAAGGCAGUAGCUGCAGUAGGCAAGAGGACAGCAGCUGGCAAGGCAGCAACAGGCAAAGCAGCGGCAGCAGGCAAGGCAGCAGCAGCAGGUAAGGCAGGGAAGAAGGUGGUUAGCAAGGGGAAGGGCAAGGCUGCCAAGGUUGCUGACAGGGCACGAGCGGAGGCGGAGGCAAGGCGGGGCGCAGAGGGGAUGAGGGCAGGCGCGGGUAAGAGCAGCAGUGCAGUGGCGGCAGCGGGUGGCAGCAUGGGUGCUGUGGCAGGUGGUGGUGGGGCGAGCAAGGGAGGGAAGGUGAAGAAGAGUGCGAGGAAGGCAGUGGCGGAGAUAGAAGAGAUAGAGGAGAUCGAGGUAGUGGAGCAGGAGGGAGGGGUGAAAAAACACGGGCAACCCAAGCGUGCCACCGCCGCCGCCACCAGUGCUGCUUCCGCUGCUGCCGCUGCUGCUCCCAAGCCUUGCAAGCGUCGUGAGGCAGCAGCAGCAGCAGUUAGUGGCGGCGGUGACGGCACUGGCAGCACUGCCGCCCGCAGGGAAGUGGCAUCUGAGCAGGUCGUGUCUGAGAGGAGCGGCAGGGAGGCAGCGGGGGGAAAGGGGAAGGGGAGGGUUGGCGAGACGGGGGCGAGUGGCAACGGUGGUGGCGGCACAGGCAGCGCCGUGAGGCUGUCUGGUGGAGGGGUGGAGGGGCGAGCAGCGAGGGGUGGUGGGUCAGCGAGGGGUGGUGGGGGUGGAAGAGCAGCAGGGAGGGAGGCGGCAAUGAGGGAGGCGUUGGGGAGGGAGCUGGCGUGGAUGCAGCGAGUGAGGGAGAUGCAGGGCGGGGAGUGGGGCGAGCGCUGGCAGCGGUGGCUGCAGGAGAGCGAGGAGAGUAGGAGCGAAGGGGGGAGCAGGAGGGGGGGUUCAAGGGAGGGCGUGCAUGUGUUUGGGGAGGGGACUGCUGUGCGGGAGAGGAUUAGUGAGUGGGAGAGGGCUCUUGCGCUUGCCCGUGCUGCUGUUGAUGCGGAGGGGAAGGCAGGGGGGGAGGCAGGAGGCGGAGGGGAAGCAGGAGUGGGCGAGGGAGGUAGAGGAGACGUGGGGAGUGGUGGGAGGCGGGGUGGGAGUGGUCAUGGGAAGCGGCACGAGGUUGGGGAGGAGAAAGGCGGGGGUGAGAGGGGUGGGGAUGGGAGGGGACGGGGUGAGAAGGGUGGGGAUGAGAGGGGAGGGGGUGAGAAGAGGGGGCAGCAGGGGGAGCAAGAGGAGAGCAGUGAGUUGUGGCGGUGGAGGAGGGCGCUGGCAGGGCGUGUGGGGGGAGGAGGGGGAGGGGGAGGGGGAGGGGCGGACAGGUUUCAGCCGGCGUGUGUGCUGCCGCCACUCUCCUCUGCCCACCGCUCCCACGGUGCUGCCGCUGCUGCCGGUGGGGCACGUUUUGCACCCCAUGCUCAUGCUCGUGCCUCCCUUGCACACGCACCGCCUGACUUUGAGCUGCUAGAGGAAACACCAAGGGGUGUGGAUGUGUGGCGGCGCUCUGAAAGCACGCCCGGUGAAGGCGAGGCAAGGAUGGCAGAGCAGGCACGGGAGCACGGCUCUAUGGUUCAUGGCCACGAGCAGAGCAGCGGUGCAGCACCUGACAAUUUGCUCCCUGCCCACCCCCCACCUGGCCACCCACCUGGCCGUUCACCUGAGAAUCAGUGUGUGCCGCCCAGUUUGCCGGCUUCAGGUGGUGGAAAGGCAAAGGGGAAGAAAGGGGCGAAGGGAAUGGGCAAAGAGAAGGCGGGUUUGGCAGAGCAGCAAGGGGCUGGGGAUGGAGCCGAGGCGAGAGGAGCAGUGGAGGGGAGUGGGGGCAAGGGAGAGAAGGGGAGGAAGGGGAGAAAGAAGGCAAUGGCGGCAGCAGUGGUGGCGGAGAUGAGGAGGAGGAAGGGCGGAUGGGGGCCACAGGAAGAGGGGGAGGGAGACUUGGAGGGUGUGGAGAAAGCAGCGGGUUGUGAGGUAGCAGCAGGUGGGGCAGCGGUGGUGGGUGUGGCGGGCAGGAGUGCAGCAGGAGAGGAGCAGGUGGAGGUGAGGCCACAGGCAACCGCUGGGCAACCGAUUGAGAGGGAUGAGCAGGAGGGGGAGCAGAGCGAGCAGAGGGAGCAGUUGCAAUGCGAGGCUCCAGAGGAGGCUGUGCAGAGGAGCAUUGUUGGUGUAGGUGGCAGGGAUGGCGGCAUUGGGGAGGCUAAUAACAAAGGCAGGCGGUCAGGGGAGGGAAAUGCAGAUGGUACAGCCGGUGGUGUGGUGGUGAGCCAACAGAGCCAACGGGGGGCCAGCAGAGCCAGCAGCCGCAGCAGCAAGAGCAGGAGCAGCAGCAGCAGCGGCGCCAGCACCCCUGCUCCCACUAAUCGCCUCCUCUCGCUCCCCGCACCCAACUCUCUCCAUCCCGCCCGCCCGUCCGCCCCCAAGCCCUCUCUGCUCAUGCCCGCCCCCUCCUGCAUCGCCCCUUCCGCCCGGCCUCACUCCUCUGCUGCCGCUGCUUCCUCUCCCCGCCUGCACAACUCCCCUGCCUCCUCCUCUCUCCCCUCUCCCUCCCUCCCCUCCCCCUCCGCCCCCCACUCCACUCGCCGCCGCCUCUCCUUUCAACCGCCCACCGCUGCCUCUGGGCCCCCACGUUCCUCCAUCCCCUCCCAUUCCUCCUCCCUUCUGCACUCCUCCAUUUCAUCCCAGUCAUCCCACACCCUCACUCCCUCUCACUCACACACUCCCUCUACUUCCUCACUCAUAUCCUUCGCCUCUCCUCUCCCCUCCUCCACCCUCUCUCACCCCUCCUCCAGCCCCUCUGCUGACGCCUCUCUCUCCCACCUCCCUCCCCGUCCUUCCUCCCGCCGCCCUCCCCCCAUCCUCCCUCCCUCACGCCGCCACCCCUCCACCCUCCUCAACAAUUUCACCCCUUCCUCCUCCCACUCCUCCCCCCAACCAACCUCCUCCUCCCUCUCCUCCCCCCACCUUCCCUCCUCCGUUUUCUCCCCCCACUCGCCCACCACUUCAGACUGCCCUGCCUCUCAGCUCGUCCCCCCACCCUCUCAAAGCGUCCCCCCACCAUCUCUACCUCCCCGCAAGCACCCAUUCGCCCUGGGCGGCAGCAGCAGGACGCUGGUGAGAGUGCCGUCUCCAGCAAAGGAGGCUUGUGAGACAGGUCAAGAGCAGCAGCACAGCCCUUUCGCCGGCAGCAGCCGGGCACUCGUGAGAGUGCCGUCUCCAGCAAAGGAGGCUGGUGAAGGGGGUCCACCGCAGCACAUAGCUGCCAGCAGCAGCAGUGCCCUUGUUGCAUCUAUCGCUGGUACUGCCCUUGCUACAGUAGCCUCGCCUACCAAAGAAACACCUGCCCCCUCUCCUUCCUCUCAUGCAGCAAUUAUCUUUUCUGCCAAGAAGCCACCUUCACCAGAUAGAACCUCCCCUUUGGGUUUCCCUGCCAGGCACUCGGUGCUAAACAAGAGGCUUGGCCAGAUGCCACCUUCACCAGAUAGCCCCUCCCAACACAGAUCUCCAUCUCAAGCUGCUUUUGGCUCCCCUGCUUCUGCCACUCCCCCUCAUUCGCCCUGCCAUCAUGGUACCUCCCCUCACUCCCCGAGAAGGCACCCCCCCUCGACCGUACCUGCCUCCUCUUCUUCUCUGCCCCACCUGCAUCUGCCUGCCUCAACAUCCCUGCCGCCUGCACCCACCUCACCUGCACCAGUCUCACCUGCACCCGCGUCACCUGGUGCCACGAGCCAAGCUGCAAUGCCGGCCAAUCAGGGCGCUGCUGCCCGCUCCGCCUUUGGGCAAGGAGAGGGCGCUGCUGAGACGACUACAAUUCCCCUCCUCAUGCCCCCCUCUCGGGCAUACACCCACCGGUCCUCCCCUCUUCGCGCUCCUACUGGCGGAUCGUUGAUGGAUAAUGAAGGCUCGUCGCGAGUUUCAUCCUUCUGUGACCGCGUUACAUCUCCAAGAGGCGUUUCGUCUCACAGUGGCGUUACAUCUCCUCAUAUUUCCCGUGCACUGAACGAGGGUAGGGGGUCAUUCCCACCCAGAAGCCUCUCAUACCCUCAUAGCCUCGUUUCACCUCCUGCUGCAUCCGUUUCAUCUUUGAAUGCAUCCAUUUCACCUCCCAACUAUAACAUAAUAUCUUCUCCCAGUUCCGUGUUGGCCUCUCAAAGAAGCAUCCCCAUCACGACACACUCUAACACCUCACUCGCCAACCUCCAUACUAGUGCAGCCGCAGAAAGUCACAAGCAGCUCAGUGGCUCUUCUUCCCUCGCCUCCCCCCAUCCAUUGUUUUCUGCCUCUCGUCCAAAAUGCCGCUCCUCGCCACCCGCCAACCCUCCACCUCCCUCCCACUUGCCUCGAGCGCUGUCAGUGUCCUCCCCAAGCCAUCCCUCCCUCGCACUGCCCUCCUCCUCCCCCCUGCAUCCUUCCAACUCGAGUCUUGCUUCUCCAAGACAGCCCCCUACCUCAUCCCCAAACACUCCCUGUCGCCCCUCCCUUCAGAAACAGCACUCCUUCCCUCCUUCCUCCACUGCCCACGCACGCCCGUCCGCGCCUCUCCCUCCUCCCCCUCCGGCAGAGCCCUCUCCUCGGCCCCCAAGUUCCCACAAUCCCGAUUGCCAUCCCACCCUCUCCUCCUCUCCUCGCCUCACACCCUCUCUUUCUCGAGCCUCUCGCUCCUCCACGUCCUCCCGCUCCUCUGCCUCUCAUGCCUCCUCCCCUCAUGCUUCCUCCCCUCAUGCUUCCUCCCCUCAUCCUUCCUCCUCACGUGCUUCUUCCUCUCAUGCUUCAUCCCCUUGCGCUUUCUCCUCUCAUGCUUCUUCCUCUCAUGCCUCCUCCCCUCAUGCUUCCUCCUCUCAUGCCUCCUCCCCUCACGCUUCCUCCUCUCAUGCCUCCUCCCCUCAUGCUUCCUCCUCUGACGCUUCCUCCUCCCAUGCUUCCUCCUCUCAUCCUUCCUCCUCUCAUCCUUCCUCCUCUCAUCCUUCCUCCUCUCAUCCUUCCUCCUCUCAUGCGUCCUCCUCUCAUCCUUCCUCCUCUCAUGCGUCCUCCUCUCAUGCUUCCUCCUCUCAUCCUUCCUCCUCGCAUCCUUCCUCCUCUCAUGCGUCCUCCUCUCAUCCUUCCUCCUCUCAUGCGUCCUCUUCUCAUGCUUCCUCCUCUUCCUCGCCUCCCUCUCGCGCCUCCACCUCUCUAUCCUCCCUGCCCUCCCUCCCCUCCCUCGGUUCCGAUAACACACAAUCGAUGGAACCACCAAAGCAGCUGCAGGAACCACCACAGGAGCACCAGCAGCAGAAGGAUGGGUUAAUGGGUGCACAGAAGUCAGUGUUGCAGAUACGGGGAGGGGAUGGAGAAGCAAGACGUGAGGUGGAGAAGGGUUGGAUGCGGCCCAACGGCUCAAGCAGCAGCAGUGAGAGUGAGAGGUGCUGUGAGGAAGGGCGAUGGAAAGGGGCAGAGCAGAGUGGUGCGGUAGGAAGUGGUGCGGUGGGAGGUGGUGCGGUGGGAGGUGGUGCGGUGGGAGGUGGUGCGGUAGGAGGUGGUGCGGUAGGAAGUGGGAAGGACAGGGGAGGGGCCAGAGAGGCAAGGCGGCGGCUGGAUGAGGAGGGCAGUAGCAGCUGCAGCAGUCGGAACGCGGUGAUCAAGGGGGGAAGGAGAGAGGUGCGCGGAAUUGAGGUGGGGGAGAAGGCAAGGCAAAGGAGAGGAAACGCCAGGGCAGACAGGUGUGAGGAGGAGCAGAUGGGUAGAGGCAAGCCAUGGCACCGAGCUGAUGACAGGGUGAGGGCUGGUGAGGCUGUGGUGGGGAGAGAAGGGCAGAAUACAGCUGCAGAAGAGCAGGAGACACAUGGCUAUUGGGCGAAUGAUGGGGUGGAAGAAAAUGGGAGAGGGAAUGAGCUUGUGCCAGUACACUGCAAGUCCUCUGACUCCUCUGACCCGUCUGACCCCUCUGACUCCCAGACGGUACCCCCAGUGGCUGGGUGGCCUCUGGGCCUUGCCUCGCACCCAACGAGGCACCCAGAGCGGCGGUAUCAGGGGAAUAUCUAA